AGGGGCAGCCUCGGGGUAUUUUGCUGUGGUAGAAACUGUGUGAGAAAAGAGGGCGUAGAAUUGUUCACCUUGAGCGGUGGAUGCUCAGACCGUAAGGUACUUCCCCGUGGUGCUUCCCCGACAUCCCGCGCCCGGGAGCUCUGCUGCGGGGCUUGGGGCUGGGAGUCCGCUGGGGGGUUGUUUAUCUUGCGGGUGAGAGGGAGUGUGCGCGCGUGUCCCGGCCCCAGCUGAGUCAUCAUGUCCGCGCUGACGCCUCCAACCGACAUGCCGACCCCCACCACUGACAAGAUCACCCAGGCUGCCAUGGAGACCAUCUACCUCUGCAAAUUCCGGGUGUCCAUGGAUGGAGAGUGGCUCUGCCUGCGGGAGCUGGAUGACAUCUCGCUGACGCCCGACCCGGAGCCCGCCCACGAAGACUCUUGGGAGGAUUUGACAGAUUUGGCGGAGCAAAUGCGCGAUGAUACAGAAGACCCUAAUUAUCUCAUGGCUAACGAACGCAUGAACCUGAUGAACAUGGCCAAGCUGAGUAUCAAGGGCUUGAUCGAAUCUGCUCUGAACCUGGGGAGAACCCUGGACUCUGACUACGCACCUCUCCAGCAGUUCUUCGUGGUGAUGGAGCACUGCCUGAAGCAUGGCUUGAAAGCUAAGAAAACUUUUCUUGGACAAAAUAAGUCCUUCUGGGGGCCUCUAGAACUGGUAGAAAAGCUUGUUCCAGAAGCUGCAGAGAUAACAGCAAGUGUUAAAGACCUCCCAGGACUUAAGACACCAGUAGGCAGAGGGAGAGCCUGGCUUCGAUUGGCAUUAAUGCAAAAGAAACUGUCAGAAUAUAUGAAAGCUUUGAUCAAUAAAAAGGAACUUCUCAGCGAAUUCUAUGAAGCAAAUGCCCUCAUGAUGGAAGAAGAAGGAGCCAUAAUUGCUGGUCUCUUGGUGGGUCUGAACGUCAUUGAUGCCAAUUUCUGUAUGAAAGGGGAAGACUUGGACUCUCAGGUUGGAGUUAUAGACUUUUCCAUGUAUCUCAAGGAUGGGAACAGCAGUAAAGGUAGUGAAGGAGAUGGCCAGAUCACUGCAAUUCUGGACCAGAAGAACUAUGUAGAGGAACUCAACAGACAUCUGAAUGCUACUGUAAACAACCUUCAGGCAAAAGUGGAUGCAUUAGAAAAAUCCAACACUAAACUGACAGAGGAACUUGCAGUUGCAAACAACAGGAUUAUUACCUUGCAAGAAGAAAUGGAACGAGUUAAAGAGGAAAGCUCCUACAUAUUGGAAUCCAAUCGAAAGGCUUCUAAGCAAGACAGAACUUCGGAAGGGCAGGCACUAAGCGAAGCAAGAAAGCACUUAAAGGAGGAGACACAGUUGCGACUGGAUGUGGAAAAGGAACUGGAGAUCCAGAUCAGCAUGAGACAGGAGAUGGAGUUGGCCAUGAAGAUGCUGGAGAAGGAUGUCUGUGAGAAGCAGGACGCCCUGGUGUGUCUGCGGCAGCAGCUGGAUGACCUCAGGGCCCUCAAGCAUGAACUUGCCUUUAAGCUGCAGAGUUCAGACUUAGGAGUAAAACAGAAAAGUGAACUAAACAGUCGCUUGGAAGAGAAGACCAAUCAGAUGGCUGCCACCAUUAAACAGCUUGAACAAAGUGAAAAGGAUUUGGUGAAACAGGCAAAGACCUUAAAUAGUGCAGCAAAUAAAUUGAUCCCCAAACAUCAGUAGGCAUUUUGUAGUUGGUCACCUCGCAAGUCUGACAUCACAACUUAAUUAUAAAAGGAAAAAAUCUGGAAGCUAUUACAUUUAGGCUCUGAUUUAUAUAAAACACCACCAAAAACUGACUUUGAAUUUGUUGGACUUUUUAAAAAAAAAAACACAACAAUUUGAUAUAUAGGCUGUGUUUUCUCUUCUUUAUUUUCUCCCCAGAGUUAGAAAAUAUUAGUAUAAGUUCUUAAUUAAAUGCCAAAUAAACUUUGAGAAAUUACUUCUGAGUUGACCAAUAAAUAAAUACUCCAUUUUAAAAAGAAGCCUAGGGAAUUGAAGCUUUAUACAUAUAUUACUGAUGCCUUUACAACCCAGUCCCUGACAACAUCAGAUUCUAGGUACAUUGUCUGCACCAGCGAGCCUGUUCUGCCACUUCGAUGUAAUGAACUGGAGGUGACUACCAUAUGGACUUGGACUCUCCUAAAGUAGUUCUGUGUCUCUUAGGCCAUGACCCUUUUCACUUCUGUUAUAUAGGUUUAAGCCCCAAGCCUGGAUAAGUACUUAGUAUUUCACUACAGUUCUCAGUAACCAAGCCUGCUUGCAAUUUCUUUGCCUUAGUGACUUUGAGGGUGGGAUAAACAGCAUCCUUACAUUUCUUUAAAGUACAUAGAGAUAAAGUUAGCAAUUAGAUGACUAUAAUAACAUAAUACUGUGGAAGCUUGGGAAAGCUCUCCUAAUACUUGUCAUCUUCUACCUCUGCCAUUUUCCUGCAAUUCCGCUUCCUAUUUAGGUAGUUCAGAGAGAACAGUUUUAAUAAAAACACUACUCUCCCAUUAAAAAAAAUACACUACACACAUUUUAAACCCAUCCUGCUUUUCCUUUUGGAGUAGAGAUGACAAGGUACUGACAUGAGUGGUGGUCUCCUGCCUUUCACUCCUUGCUAGCAACAUUCUCUUAAGAGUUUUUGUUCCUUUUUAUUUAGAUGGGGAUUUGUUCAAGUUUCUAGGAAACUAACAAUCUAAUUAUUAGGAGAAACCACUCCAGAGUAUGAAGUAGGUAAAUGAUAAAAACAUUUUUUUUUUAAUUUAGUCUAAAAAGUUCCCAAUAGAUAUCCACAAAUAAUAAUCAGUAGGGUUUCUUUAAGUGGCCACAAAUUUAACCCUUUCUAGGCUCUACAUUGUAAAUAAUCCUAUAAAUAAAGUGAUUUUUUAAAAAUGACUUUUGAUUUUGGGGGACAGGCUUUAAUAAGCCUUCAUCCGUUCAAAAAGUCAUGGCAAAUUUCUUUUCUCUUUUUUCAUUCUGUUAUUUGCAGCAUUUCAGCUGCUCAGGUUGGGACAAAAAUAACCCUUUUGCUUCCUGUUCCUGAAAUUCUGUACCUUUCUGGAAAAACCAGACUCAAGAGAGUACGCUAGAUCUCACGUAUGCUUUCACAGGUCCUUGCAGACUUGAACCAAAGUCAGGUCAAAGAGCACAUGGCCAACCUCAUGGAAGAUCCUGUGCUCUUCAACUUAUUUUACUUCUUAUAAUUUUGCACCUAUUUUUAUCUUUAACGUUUUGUGGUGAAUUACCUUUUCCAUGAUCAUUUGGAAGGGGUGCUCAAACACCAAAAUAAAACAUUUUAAAAACUACACAUAGCAUGCCUCCGAUUCUAUUAUCUAGAGCCCUGAAUGUUUCACCUCUUAGAACAUGCUUCUUUUAGGUGCAAAGUUACAGGAUUCAUGGAAGAAAACACUCAUUAGAAUCUUCCAGAGAAUAUAGUCAGGAAUUCUGUGCAGGGCCAGGGCUGAAUUGCUUGUCCACUUAUAUACCACUUGGCAGGAAGAGAACAGGAAAGAGACGGCCUAAUUCUGACAAAGGCUUCUCCUUAUAUAAUAACCCAAAGCCUGGGGAAGGGUUGAUGUACAAUGUACAAUGAUUUAGUACAAUUUGGGGCUUUGGGGAAGGACCAGGAAAAUGUUCCAGUUCCAUAUAUAAGAAGGUAGUUGCCCAUUUGAAAGUCCUAGUUAUGUGUAUAAAGCAGAAUAUAAAGUACCAAACCAAUUAGGAAAUAAAAACAAAACAAAAAAAAUGGAUUUAACUUUAAUUACUGUGUGCUUGAGGUUGGCUUUGGAUAUGGAUUUUCUAAAAAGUGGUGUUUUGUUGUUUACCCUCUAAUGGCUGUAAACUGUAGUACUAGAAUAAAAAAAUUGGAAAAUCA